GAUAUCAAUCCGUGAUCAACUCGUAAAAACAUAGCUAACCCUUACAAACCAAACUAUAGAAAAUUACCAAAAUUAUUAUGGAAAAGCACAUGGUUUUCAAAGUUUCAUUCUGUCUAGAACUUCAUCUAGUCAUCAUUGUUCAGGGAUAAAUACUGUGGUUCAUUGAAUCGGCGAACUACGGUUUCUCAUUUAACCACUGGAGCUGAAGUAGCUUAACAUUACAUUAGCGCCUCACACUGUGAAUGUAUAACCGUUGGAUUAAUAGAAGUAUGUCUGUCUUAUAACACUUAAUAAUUUUGUGUGUUGAUAACAUUUCUCUGGGGGCUCACUAAGUACCGUGUCUUUGUGCUUAUUUGUCACUUGCAUUUAUGGAUCUAAUACUGCUAGAACGAACUUGUCAACGUGACGUCAAAGUUUUAUAGGGCAACUGUUUAGCUGCUACAUGUAACCGAAAUUGAGGAGCAGUGUAAUGUUGAAAAAUUCUGCCCGCGUAAUUUUGUCAAACACCACAAAACAUAAAGUCAUUUUUGAAUACGUUUUUAGGUAGUUAAACGGAAUGGAAGUGGAUAGUAACGCUGACGCAAAUAAUGUAACUUCCGGACCAGGAUCUGUAUCAGUACUCCUGCAUCCACUUGUUAUUCUAAAUAUUUCGGAGCAUUGGACGCGUAACAAAGUGAAGGAAAAUUCAACUGCUGUUACAGUCUAUGGAGCUUUGCUUGGUAAACAAGAAAGUCACCAUAUUGAAAUUUCUAAUUCAUUUGAGUUACUACUAGAUGAGCCCCAUCUAACCGUCAACUCUGAAUUUUAUACUACUCGAGAAUCCCAAUGUAAGCAAGUUUAUCCGGAUCUAGAUAUAGUUGGAUGGUAUACUACUGGUGGACCUAUCGAUGAAAAAGAUGAAAUGCUCAACAGACAAAUGCAAGAACUUAAUGAGUCACUCCUCAUAUUAAAAUUAGAUCCCCUUCAAACAUGUGGAGAGAAUCUACCUAUCCGGGUAUAUGAAUCAGUGGUGGACAAUGAUGGGAGAGUUCACUUUAGACAGGUAUUGUAUACUUUGGCAACUGAUGAAGCAGAACGUAUUGGUGUAGACCAUGUUGCACGUAUUUCAAUGUCAUCCACUGGUCAAGCAUCGUCUAUGACCGCUGAACAUCUUCUAGGAAACUAUCAAGCUAUUCAAAUGUUAAGCAGUCGCUUGCAAUUAAUUAGAGUCUAUGUGGCUGCAGUAGCAGCAGGAGAAUUACCACAGAAUAGAGCAAGACUGAGAGAAAUUAAUGCUUUAGUCAAACGAAUACCACUUAUGCGUUCAACUUCAUCUACUGAACAAAAUGAUCACUUAUAUCGUCAAGCCAAUGAUGUUUGUCUAACAGCAUUACUCGCAAGUAUAACCCAAGGGCUACAUACGCUUUAUGGAUGUAUGUCUAAGACAGCGCAUGUUGUAGACCGUCGAGCUAUAAUGUUAAAUGUACCAAGUGCAGCUAUCAGUUCAUGUUCAAGUCGUCUUGCCAAAGCUACGCAUUUAAUAGGAAAUUCUAACUAG